AUGGCUUUCCUUCAGCGAUUGGCCCAGCGGCUGGGUCUCUCCAGAGAGUCCAGCCCGGUCGUUCCCCCGGGCGCAGCCCUGGCGGCGACUGUCACCGUGGUUAGUCUCUUUUUUGUUUCAGACCAGCAUGAACAGGUGAUUGAGAGAAGACACAGCCAGCAUCACUGGGUUUCGUACCAGUCGCGCCCCGCGACCGCAGACGAAGUGGCCGCGGCCUGCAACCAGGCCCGAUCCAAAAACGAGGCUCAGCUCGGUACCAGGUUAGCCGCCGAUACGCUCUACAUCAUGGCUGGGCUGGGCCUGGUGGAUCGGGUGGAUGAGGAUUGUUUUGCUGCUAACGCCAUCACAAAACACAUGGAUAAUAUGCCUUCUGCGGAGCAUGGGGCCUUGCAUUUCACGACUGAGGGGUUGAUGGCUGGGGCAUUCCUGAUGAAGAAGCUCGAAGAUACUAACUUCGAGUAUCCCUUUGCCGAUGCCGAUGGUCCCCUGCAAUACGCCUACCGGCUGAUGGGCAAAGAUGAUUUGGCCCAGGAACAUACAUACUCGAUCAUGGAGAAGAUCGGCCGCAUGGACAGCUUCAACGAAUUCAUGGUGGGUAAGUUCCUCAAGUUUGGUACCAUGCCCCAGCGCGUCAAGUCGUUCGGGUAUGAUCUAGACGCCGCUCUGGCCGGGGACCCCGACGCAGUGGCCAUGGUCGACAUCGGGGGUGGGCGGGGGGAAUUGUUACUCGAGGUCCAGGCGGCGUAUCCCCACCUGAGAUCGGAAAGUCUGGUGGUGCAGGAGUUCAACGCCGAAAUCGACAAUGUGCCGGGAGUGCGUCUGAUGGAGUGGAACUACAAGGAACCGGGCGAGCAGCCUAUCAAAGGUGCGCGGGUCUACUCUCUUCAGCAUAUUGUCCAUAAUCUGCCGGACCUGGAUGCUGCAGCCCUGCUGCAGAAGAUCUCGCGUGCCAUGGGACCGGAAUCACGGCUGCUGAUACAUGAGUACGCCAAGAACAUGACCUACACGUCCCUGCAUGCCAACAUGAUUGCCCUGUAUGGGGGGCGUGAGCGCAGCGCCGCCGAAUGGCGCCAGUUGGCCAGCGUGGCGGGACUCGAGGUCACCUUUGAGGCGUAUGCGAAGGCCGGAGAAUCACUAGUGGAGAUGCGGCGUGCCGACCGAGACAAAGGACUACAAUAA